UCCACUUCACUCUGGUUUCUAUUCAGACGUCUUGCUGAGGCAUGAAGGCUUUUGACACAAAUGUUCGACAGGCAAACAUUUUUCAAAAGAGCCCUUCUUGGUGAAUCAGUAACCUAACAUCCAGCAUUGGUUUGUAAAAAGCUAUUUGGAAUUUCAAAGAUGUGGCUGAAUACCCACAAUUUGAUCUCAUGUUGCUUUGCAAUCUUAUUUUGCAUGGAAGAACUUGUCGCCUCUCAAAAUGUGUUUUGGCUAAAAGACUAUUCUGCAGGUGGGGAUUAUUCUAGGAAAGGCAAAGCCAAAAGAGCCCUGCCCAGGAGAAGUUACUGUGGACUACGUGGCUGCUGUCCAGGCAGAGACGAUGACUGCACAGUUCCCUACUAUGCCAGAAAUGCCACCUGCUACUGUGACAGUUUCUGUUCUUCAGACCCUGUUGGCUCUAUAGACUGCUGCCCUGAUUUCUGGACUGUCUGCCACCAGCAGUCUCCUCAACACCCAACUCCUGCAGACAUACGAAUAUCUCCAGCACCACAAGUGGGUUGCUUCACAGAUGAACAACAUCAUGGAGAAGGAGCAAUAUUUAGAGACAACUGCAACUCCUGCAAAUGUGUAAACAGCAAUUGGAAAUGUUCAUCUGAAACAUGCCUGGUGCGACCCAGCUUAAUUAAGCAAAUCAAUGAGGGAAAUUAUGGAUGGAAAGCUCACAACUACAGCCAGUUUUGGGGGAUGAGCUUGAAAGAAGGCUAUAAUUCUCGCCUUGGCACACUCCCUCCGCCUGCUGCCCUGUUGGACAUGAAACCAGUCACGGAAAAUAUAAUCGCAGAAGAUGACUUCCCUGAAUUUUUUGUGGCCUGGCAUGAGUGGCCAGGUUGGAUUCAUGACCCAUUGGAUCAAAGAAACUGCGCCGCAUCCUGGGCCUUUUCAACUGCAAGUGUUGCUGCGGAUAGGAUUGCAAUUCAUUCCAAAGGUCGUUUCACAGACAACCUUUCCCCUCAACAUUUGAUCUCUUGUGACACCCGGAAUCAAUACGGAUGCAAAGGAGGAAGCAUAAUGGGUGCUUGGUCUUAUCUCAAGAAAUAUGGGCUGGUGUCCCAAGCUUGCUAUCCUUUGUUCUGGAACCACAUUCACCAAAGUUCUUGUGAAAUGUCAAGUGUCUUUGAUGCUGAAGGGAAAAGGGAAGCCAUUCAACCUUGUCCAAAUCGCUGGGAACCAUCCAACCGUAUUUAUCAGUGUGGGUUGCCCUACAGAAUCUCUUCACAGGAAGCUGAUAUAAUGAAAGAAAUUAAAGAAAAUGGACCAGUGCAAGCUGUCAUGCAAAUAUAUGAUGAUUUCUUCCUUUACAAGAGUGGGAUUUAUAAACAUAUUUGGAGUCUAGAAGGAAAAACACAGAACAAUCAUCAGAAGAAGCCUCACUCUGUCAAAAUUGUCGGGUGGGGCGCAUUACGUGAUGCUGAUGGACAAAGGCAGAAAUUUUGGAUUGCUGCAAAUUCCUGGGGGAAUUCCUGGGGAGAAAAUGGCUACUUCAUGAUUUUACGUGGACAAAACGAAUGUGAUAUUGAAAAAGUGGUCAUAGCUAGCAAGUGUUACCUUUAAGAAGUAUUUUU